AUGGCACCGGAACCGGUCAAGCUGGAUAACUUUGGCACCGUAACGCGAGAAGACUCCGUGCCUUCAACAAUCUCAGAAAUACAACGACCACGAAAAUCCCGCUUCACAACAUUCUGGAAGAUCAGUCAUGCCCAAGCCCACCAGGACCUCAAAAAACGAGGCUGGAAAGGCGCCUUCUGGACCCUCUGCUACCUCUUCUACUUCGGCCUGAUCUACACCUUCAGCGCACUCGCCACACUAUCAUCCCCCGGCUCCAUCAUCACGAAUAAACUAACGGCCUGCGCACCCGAUGGCUCGCUGUACACGAACCCCGCCGAAUUCAGUUUCUGGCGCGCCUCGGGGUUUUUCCAAGUCACCCUGGGCAGCGGCCACAUGGCCUUCGCCCAAGCCAAAGUCGUCGACGUCGUGUGGGACGUCGUCUUCGGACGAGGCGGGCAAGCGCUGCUCACAUUUCUCUCCUGGAAAGUCUUCACGCAAUAUGUCACGACAUCGAUGCAAGUCUCGCCGGUAACAUUCAGCACCUUCCGCACCAUCUUCGUGCAGGGCGAAGCAUCAGCGCUGGGUGCGUGGCGGCUGGUUGCGGAUUUCUCGCGCCGCCGCGGACUACAGAGUAGGCUGGCGAUGGUGUUUGUGGUUGUGACGAUGGUGUUUAUCUUGGCGUUUCCGGUCCUGGCGAGUGCGAUGACGGGGUAUAGUGCGAAUGUGGAGCCGUUUGUUAGGGGGGAGGGGGCGGAGUAUGUGCCGUUUGAGAAGUUGAGGGCGUUGUAUUUUGUGGUGCAUGAUGGGGAUAGGAUUGGCUUGGGGAAGGGGGAGAAGGUUAUGGAUUCGAGGUUUGGGAGUGGUCUGGUCAACGAUGUCACCGACUAUGUUAACAAGUACGGGAGUGGAGGGCAAAUGCUCGCGUCUACAUAUGCGAAUCUGACCCUGCCACCGCCCACACUUAACAUCACAGCGUACUCGUUACCGCCAAAAUUCAUCAGGAGUCACGACUGGAAAAAUGCAGUUCGGGACCCAUAA